UCGGCGAGCCCUGUGUGCGAACGCCGGCGUCCGUGGCGUAGCCCCCGGUGGUUGUGUAGAGUAGUAGGGUGUUAGAAGCGCCGAGGAGGGCUCCUGGCCGCGAGGGGCCGGCGUUGCUUCGCGUAGCGAGCGAUGGGCGCGCGUGUGCCUCGGGGUCGGUUUGCCGGCGGAGUGGGCCGUAGCCCGCGCGUGUCGCCGCUGCGCGCGCCUGCACCACCGCGCCUGCGCCCUCGGCCCGCGAUCCCACUAGUCAGCCACGCUUCAUGUCAUAUACUCAGCAUUUGCAUAAACACCAAGAUAUCAUCCUUGGAAGAAAUAAUGUCGGCCUGUGACUGAGAUUAAGUUACCAACUUUGCUGAAAGGCAAAGUAUGUGAUUUCGAAAUGUUUUUACUUCAUAUUAAAGAUAAUAUAAAAAAGUUCGGAAUGUCCAGAUUCAGGUUUGGAAGACAGCACGAGGGUUAUCGACUGGUGUCGAGUGACGACAGUGGGUUCUCAGACGCACAAUUUGAAGUACCACCUCCGAAAGUACCAUGGAAAGCUAUUAGUUUAGCAGCCUUUCUAUUUAGCGUUGGCACUGUACUACUAGUUAUGGGCAGUCUGAUAGUAACUGGCCAUAUAGACACUAAGUAUUCUGACCGGCUUUGGCCGAUGAUAAUUUUAGGUGGAAUUAUGUUUUUACCAGGUGCUUAUCACAUCAGGAUAGCUUAUUACGCUUAUAAAGAAUACCCAGGCUAUAGUUUUACAGAUAUUCCAGAAUUUGAGUAGUUUNAAAAGUUUUUAUCAAGUUGUUAGUGGUUAUUAUGAAUGUGAUUCACAAAAGUAGUGACUUUUUAUAAAUACAGUUGUCAGCAUAUCAGCCAAUGCAUUUUUGCUGCAAAACAGCUACAUAACUUUAGUCUGAUAUGCCAACAUCUGUACAAAAUUAUUGGUCUAUCUUCAUCUAGGUUAUCACUUCAUCCUUUGAUCGUUGACACAAUGCAUCUUUGAAUAUUUUUUUAAAAAGCUUAGGUGUGUGGAUUUUGUAUCAUACCAAAGUAUUACUACUUGUCACCUACAAAAUUAUGAAUUUAAUAAAUCUGAUUCUGAUAAUGCA